AUGGACACCCUCGCCCCAGCACCCUCCACGCCCUCGCCCCAGCUUUCCCGUGCUGUUCCUGACAUCACCCAUGAGGAGGAGGGACACGAAGAGGAGUUCGCCCAGAGCAUCAAUCAGGCCGAAGUUUUAGAACUCCCAACGCUGAGAGAAUCCGAAACUCCAGCAUCGCAGCUCUCGUCACAGCCGCUGGGAGAGGUCGAGCGUCAUCCAAAGGGGAAGAGAAAACGUACUACAGCAAAAGACAAGGCCAUACUCGAGGGAGCCUACAAUGCGAAUCCCAAACCCGACAAGGCAGCGCGCCAAGACAUCGUAAACCGCGUCUCGCUAAAUGAAAAAGAAGUUCAGAUCUGGUUCCAAAACCGCCGACAAAACGAUCGAAGGAAAUCACGGCCAUUGUCCCCUCAGGAGAUAGCCGCGCUUCGGUACGGUGGUAUGCAAAUACUGUCGUCGGACAAUACCCUUCCCGUGUACACGUCCGAGCCGGAGCAUACAUCGCCCGUCCAAGCCGUUUCAAGUUUAGAACAGGAAUACUCCUCGCCUCCUCGGGGGAUUGCCUCACCUAGCAGACUUGACCGCCACGAGACCGAGCAGAAUCACGAAGACACGUCCCAGGAGGACACUCUACUACUAACAGAACCACAAAGUCAACCUCAAGAGGAGCGAGAAAGCACGGCGCUCCCUGUUUUCGCGACACCCGCCCAGAAACAAAGACACGCCGGUGAUGACGACUCCCUCCUAAUGUCUCAGCAUCUGCCAAGCUCAGUUGGCUAUCUGUCCAACCGAUGGAAUCACCCAGCCCACUCCCACUGCCUAUCAACUCCUAUCAGCUUCAACCGAGCGGACGAUUCCUUCAACAAUUUUCCUCCUUCAUCGUGUUCAUCUUCGACCUCUGCGCUCCGUCCGCGUCUGUCCACGGGUCUGGACGGCAAGGCAGAUGUUGUCACCUCGCCACCACAGAAUCCUGCCAGCCUUCCACCACCAGAGCUGCAAUCGUUCGACUCGGCAUGCCGGCCCAGCUACCAACGCGGCCCCAGCGAAUCUCCAGUCACCUUACCACCGAUCUCAACCAUCACUAACAGUCUUUCCUCGUCUCAAAGCGCUGGCCCAUUGCUGCCCCGCCUUACGCGCGGGAGGUCGCGCGAUGUUCAUGCUUGGGAGUUUGCUUGUGAUGCAGAGAACCGCGAAGACGCACUAACGGUGCAAGCCAAUAACGAGAGCCGUGGCUCAGCAAUUGCAGCCAUCAGUCUGCUGAGAUCAACGAGCUUGAGCACCGCUGGCGGAGGCAGCCCGUUGCAACCGAGCAGGAGCAACAAGCGCAAUGCCAGCAUCAGCGGCAUGACCCCACGGGCAGACAGUUCGACCAAGAAGCCCCGACUGACGAAAGGGCUGAGUGCCACGGCAAGGCUAGAGACGCCCAACAACAACAUUUGGGCUGGAAAGCGACAGUCCUUUGCGGCAGAUACGCCAGCGGGUUUCAGUUACAACACCAAACCCAAGUCUUCUGCCUUGUUCAUCUCCCCACAAGGCAACGAGUCCGACAAAGAGAACUGGAGUCCAGAUGAGAACGGAAACCCCCGCUUCUCCUACCAUCAACCUUCCUCUGCUAUUCGGCCAACGAACCGACGACUGCUGCCCUCUGGUCCCUUGUCAUCAUCAACUUAUGAAAAGACAGUGGCGACAAAUCCCCGCCGAACACCGGCCCAUCACGCUCUAAUAGAGUCGAGCCCAUCGUUUUUGUUAUCCGGCAACCGUGCUAACACCGCCCCUCUCUACGGUGGUGGUAGGGGACAGUAUCACCGAGGAGGAGGAGGAGGAGGAGAUAAACGGGACGGAGGAGCUUCGGAGUUAAGGAUUUACGAAGACUUUGGCACGCCGAAUCACAACAACCACAGCCCAACCGCUUCUCGCCGUGCUCCUCCCCCUCCUUUCGAAGACGAUGGAAUGGACGAAGUCGAGCGGUUCAUGCGUGGGGAAGUCAGUCCAAGCAAGAAGGGGGAUGCGGAUGCCGUUGCUGGGUUGCUUUCGCUUAGUCAGGGGAAUUGGCGGUGA